AUGCGUGCGUGUUUGUGUAUAAUACCAGCUCUCCUGCUUCGGCAUCACCCUUGUGUUUGUGUAUAAUACCAGCUCUCCUGCUUCUGCAUCACCCUUGUGUUUGUGUAUAGUACCAGCUCUCCUGCUUCUGCACCACCCUUGAUCUAUUAUUAUUCUUACCCAUUCUUUUUUCUCUAACUCCAAAUAAUUCUCCUCCCUUUGUUCAUCAGCAAUAACUCUCUGUGGUUUUCAAAGGCUAAACUACUAAACUAGCAUCUAAAGUCGGCAGAGAUCCAUUGGUACUGACAAUCUCUUCAACGAUAAAUGGAGAUACACAACCAAGAAGACAACCUAGCAGCAUUGGGUGGCUUUGGAGGAGACUUCGACUGCAACAUAUGUUUGGAUCAGGUUCGUGACCCGGUCGUGACUUUGUGUGGCCACUUAUUUUGUUGGCCCUGCAUUUACAAGUGGACGUAUUCUACCAACCAUUCAAGACAACGCGUCGACCAGUACGGCAAUAUGAAGGAAUCCCCAAAAUGUCCGGUCUGCAAAUCCGAUGUCUCGGACGCUACGCUUGUCCCUAUAUACGGGCGGGGACAAAAAGUCCCCCAGUCUGGUUCAAACAUACCGACCAGACCAUCCGGUCCGGUUUAUGACUUGAGAAGAGUUGGUCAACGUGCUGGACAAGGUGAGAGUCAACGGUACAUGUAUAGAAUGCCUGAUCCAGUGGUUGGUGUGGUAUGCGAAAUGGUAUAUCGGAGACUAUUUGGAGAGUCUUCAAGCAACGUGACACCUUACCGGAGCGACAGCUACACAAGUCGGCGGACAAUGCAGGCGGAUGAGUCACUAAGCAGAGUCUACUUGUUCCUGCUUUGCUUCAUGGUUAUGUGUCUAAUUCUUUUCUAAUUGUAUGUCUUAUCCUAUAUAUUUAUGGAACUAAAGUAUAAGUUGUUGGUUUACAAAAAAAAAAGUAUAAGUUGUUGGAUUGUGUGAUGAGAACAUAUUAAAGUCAAAAUCAAGAAACGGCACUAGUUUGCUUUUGUAUA